AUGGCGUCCAGUUGCAGUGAAAACUUAUCAGAGUUACAUCAACUUUUUAGGUACAUAUCCUCGAAGAUUUCUCCCGCUGAAUCAGAAGAUGUCGUGCAAUCUUUGAAGAAUAUUUACGGCGAGGAAUUCAAAUCGCUAGGAAAUCAAGAUUUGUUGUCUUGUUUGGAUCGUUUGUAUGAAUUCGGUUAUGUUACCGGUACGAAACUGACUCUAAUAAAGAAGUUCAUUGCUACAAGAUCAAGCAAUGAAAAUGACAUUAACCAAAGAAUUGAAGAGUUCGAGACCUCUCACCCGCUGCAGCCUGAGCCAGAAAAGGAAUUGAGCGGAAGAACUGAUGAGGUUAAGAAAAUAACUGAAAAACUUAAAAUGAUGCCCGUUGUUAAUUUGUAUGGAUCCGCUGGGGUGGGAAAGACAACACUUGCCAAGGAAAUUGGUAAAAGAUGGGAAGUAGAAGAUGGAAAAUACUUUUAUUUUGACCUACGAAAAGCAACAGACUUGACGUCAAUUUAUGUGGAAAUUAUGGGUGCACUUAAUGUAACACCCGCAGUCGGUGUUUCAUGGAAGAUGGAUUAUGUUGUGCAAUUAGUUCACGAGCGUGUCAAAAAAGAAAGCGCAGGUCAGCCUGUUCUAUUCCUUCUUGACAAUGUGGAGCAGUUUUCUGAGGAAGAGGGAAAGGAGGGCAAGAACUUAAAAACACAAUUCAUUAUUUUUUUGGAAAAGCUUUCACAAUUUAAAGGGGAGACAGGAACAACAAACAUGCUUCUGAUCUCAAGAACUCAGCUAACAGAUUCAGAGAAAGUGACUGGUUAUGUGUUGCAGCCUCUGGAGGAAUCUUUUUCAGAGAAAAUUUUGCUUCCUGAAGAAAGUCCCAGUAUUGAGGCUCAAAAGAAAAAGAAGCUUCUUGGCAUUUGCAAAGGAGUCCCAUUGUUAUUGAAAGGAACAGCUGCAAUUUUGAAACAAAGAAGAAAAUCUCCCAAUGACCUGAUUAGUCUGAUAGAAACAUCUUCUCAAAAGGGAACUGGAGCUCCUGUUAAAUCAAAGUUGGAGGAGGAUAGUGAAGAAAAACCCUUUGAUUUUGAAGAAGAAGGAGUUGAUGAAGGGCAGAUGUCAAUAAUCAGAGAAAUGUUCUAUUCCCUACCAUCUGAUAGUUUGAGGGUUUCUGCUGUAUCAGUAUCCUUGUUUCAUGGACCCUUCCCUACUUCCACAGCUGCCAAAAUUUUGGGUGUGAGCAUUUCAGAAGCAGUGGCACAGCUUGAAGGACUGGUGACUAAUGAAAUCAUUCAUGUAGCUAAUGAAGAUGCCAAGCAGUUGAUGUAUGACAUUCAUCCCCUAUUAAGGAAGUAUGCUGAAAGCAUUAAAAAUGAUGUAAUGUUCUGUGAAUCUUACACUGAAGCGAAGGGUCGAUUUUAUGAGCACUUUAUGUCAAGGGUGAGAACAGUUGCACGAUUUGUAGAGUCUGACUAUAUCAGAGCAUUCACUGAGUUUACAAGAGAUCGCCCAAACUAUGAAUUUGCAAUUGACAUCUCCUUGCUGUCGGAGUACUUCAGUGUUCCAGGUGGAUACAAUGAAAGUGCAUUGACUGUAUCUCUUUUCAUUGCCAUGUUUUCUAGAGAUAAACUGCUUGAGUUGUUUCAUUCAUGGGCAGUGAUGUGCAAAGAUGAUGGAAAGUCAGGUAUGUAUUUUUUAGCAAUGAACAAAAUUUUAGAAAUUACUUUAUAUUUUCAAUGGCGAGAUGAUUUAAACUUAUUUCCAGAAUUUUUUUCAAAUCAGCACAAAUACAGCACUUAAAAUUCCCAACACUCUGUCAAACAAAGAAAUGUCCAUUUGAAUGAUUUAUGUUUAUUUUACUUGUCACCAUAUGGUAUAACCCAUCUAAAACAUUUCAUUGUAAUUUGCAUAUUCAACUUGUACCUAAUUUUUGCUCAGUGCAUUCACAGCCACAGAAAUUUACGGUGGCUCUGAACCUUCAUGACAGAUGUUUUAAAACAUCCAUAAAAUGAGAAAUUAUGAAAAAAGCUAUUAUGAUAUUCUGAUGGGCAAAGUCACUUAAAAGCUUGAAAGCUUGUUAGCCAUCCUUACUACAGCAGCACUUCCACUGACUGGCUGACUAAUAACUUCUACUUCAACUACCACAAGCCACCAUUUCUUCUGCUGCCAGUACCUGUGCCACAAGUACUACAACCAUACACUAUAUACUGCUUUUGCUAACUACUAACAUUAGAACUACCACUGCCACUACUGACACUGACACUGCUAUACUGUUUUUGUUACCACCACCACCACUGCUUCAACAAUGAACACUACAACUUCAACUACUACUACCAUUACUGCUAUGUACCUCUAUUACUAAUUGUUUUACCACCAUGAUUGUUUCUAUCUUUACCACUACCACUAAAGUUGAAACCCCUUAUUGGUACCUUCUUUGCUAAGAUACAGACUCAUUGUCUCAUAAUUAAACGCAGUCCAAAGCUGCUUGGGUCAGUUUUUCCAUAGGUCAGAGUCUUUAUUGCAAAAAAGUUACCACCACUUCACCCACUAUAGUAGUGCCACUGACACCACCAUAGCCACUACCUCUUUCCACUUUUUACUGCUGUUACAACCACAACCACUACCACUACCACUACCAAUACCAACACCACUAACACUACAACACUAUUAGUGCUGUUUUGUUUUAUAUUUUGAUUGUCAUAUACAUGCUUUUGCAAUACUGUAAAAUGAUGCGGUCAUGCAAAUAAAGCAAUUUAUUACUUACUUACUACAACUACCACAACCCUACCACUACCACUAUCACUACCACUACCACUACCACUACCACUACCACUGCCACUGCCACUACCACAAUCACUACCGCUACCGCUACCACUACCACUACCACUACCACUAUCACUAUCACUGCCACUAGGAAUACCACUGCCACAAUCACUACCGCUGCCACUACCACUACCACUAUCAAUACCAAUACUACUACCAUUACCACUACCGCUACCACUUUCACUACCACUACCACUAUCACUACUGCUACCACUAUCACACUACCACUACAACUACCACAUCACUAUCACUACCACUACCACUACCACUAUCACUACAAAUCUGGUGACAAGAAUGACCCAACAAACUACAGAGGCAUAUGUGUAUCUAGUUGCCUUGGAAAAAGGUUCUGCUCUAUUUUAAAUCGAAGACUUCACUUGUAUUUUGACGAAAAUAAGAUAUUACGUAAUUUCCAAAUUGGCUUUUGGCCUGAAAACCGCAUGGCAGACCAUGUUUUCACUCUAAGCACCCUAAUAGAUAAAUAUGUGCAUCAUCAUAAGGAGAAAGUCUAAACUUGUUUCGUAGAUUUUCAUAAAGCAUUUGGCUCUCACUCUGUUUGGCAUGAAGGAUUGCUUUACAAGCUUCUAAAACGAAUAUAGGAGGAAAUUUGUACAACGUCAUUAAAAGCCUUUAUUGCAACUCGACAUGUUUCAUCAAAAUCGAUGAAAACAAAACUCAGUCUUUUUUAUACUCCAGAGGUGUACGUCAAGGCUGUAUUUUAAGCCCCCUUUAAUUUAACCUCCAUUUAAACAACCUGCCACAUUUAUUCAAAAACACGUUAUGUGACCCAUUUGUUGUUCCAAAUGGGGAAAAAAUUAACUUUUCUAUGCAGAUGAUUUGGUUAUUCUAUCAAGAUUGAAAACCGUAUUGCAAAACUUUUUAAAUGCGCUUUCCUUGUAUUGUGACAAAUGGAAGCUAAGAAUUGAUCUGAAGAAGACAAAACUUAUAAUACAGUCGAACCUCCCAUAAGCGACCACUCAGUCUCUGCAUUUUUACAAGAAUUGAACCACAGGAAGUCUCUUCUGAGAAGAGGUCCAGGCACAUCUACUUUAUGGAAGAUAAUGUAUUGAAUGCAGUGUCUAAGUUAGGACAUGUGUAGUUCCAUGUUGUCACUAAAGUUCUACGUAUAUUCUAAGUAACGUAGUGUAUACAGGUAAAAUAGAGAUCAGGGAAUGCGUCAUGUGGUCACUUACAAGAGGUUAAAAACAAUGGAAAAUCAUUAACCGUCAGGCCCAAAAAGCGGUCGUGGUCUCUUACAGGAGGUGGUCGUUUACUAGAUGUUCCAACUGUAAGGCUUUGACUGGAAGAAUUUUGGUGUUUUGGAUUGGCGGUCGCUUAUGGGAGGUGGUCGCUCAUGGAGGUUCGACUGUAUUCCAGAAAUGCCCAAAGAAACCCAUUGACAUCGAAUUCAACAUAAGCAGUGAGUCAAUUGAAAUUGUCCAAGAAUACACUUAUUUAAGUACACGUUUAACUCCAGCGGGAAUCUUUACACUUGCACUCGAACAUUAAAAAGAAAAGGCCUUUCAUGCCUUUUCUAGUACUCAGAAGCAGACAAUUCUUAAUAAAUUUAAUCUUAAUACCGUAUCCCAAAUUUUUGACACAAUGAUAUUUCGAAUCUUAAGUUACAACAUUGAGGUAUGGGGAAUUAUGUACACUAAGCAAGAUUUUAAAAAUGGGAUAUUUCCCCAGUAGCAAAAAUUCACCUCAAUUUUGUAAAUGUUACAUAAUUUGUUGUAGUUAUGAAAACCUUUAUUGUAACUACACCACUGCCUCCCUUUGGAGAGUAAGGCGCAGUUAAGGUAUACUACUACUACUACUACUACUACUGCUGCUGCUGCUGCUGCGGCUGCGGCUGCGGCUGCGGCUGUGGCUAACCCUACAACUGCCACUGCCACUGCCACUGCCACUACCACUACCACUGCCACUGCCACUACCACUACCACUACCACUGCCACUAUCACUACCACUACCACUACAUCACCACUGCCACUACCACUGCCACUACCACUGCCACUACCAAUGCCACUGUCACUACCACUGCCACUGCCACUACCCCUACCACUGCCACUGUGACUACCACUGCCACUGCCACUACCACUGCCACUACCACUACAACUGCCAUUACCACUGCCACUGCCACUACCACUGCCACUACCACUAUCACUUCUUGAAGCACCGCAACAGCCACCUCCACUACAGUACACUGAGUACAGCCACUACUUCUUGCACUUCAAAUGCCGCUAGCGCUCCAACAGCUGAGGAUCAUUUAUGAAGAGAAUUAUAAACAAUGAAUGGCCAAAAAGUCGGAAUUUGUUUCUUGCAGGUUCGUUAUUUCGCGCUCUUCUACUGUGUUGGGAAGCUAGACUGGUCUCAGAAACUCAGGGUGCUCAUAAAGCUUUUGAUGUGUUGCAGAUGGCAUCGCUGUCUUUAGAACAAGUCGAUGAUCAAUCUACCGAAUAUUUCAAGCUAACUAGAGGACUCUUCUUGUAUUUUGAGGGCGAAAUCCAUUACCAAGGCAAUAACUACCAGAAAGCAAUUGAGUGUUUGAGGUCGUCCUUAGACUUAAUGGAGGGUCCGUUAAAACUUGACACCAUUCUUAUCAGGUGUUAUAAUGCUCUUGGCAAUUGUUAUUACGGACGUAAGAGACCGGACAAAGCCCUCGAGUUCUACAACAAGGCACUUAAGAUGCGAGAGGAAUUAUCUGGCUCUAAAUAUCACUACGACAUGCCAGUUUACAAAAAUCAAAUUGGCACAGUUCACGAGGACAAAGGAGAGUAUGACGAGGCAGUGAAAUGCUACACAGAUGCUCUUGAACUUUUAGAAGAGCUCAAAUGUUUGGGAUAUGAAGAUGAAGCACUUUUUCGUAGAAAUCUCGCCAAUGUUUACGUUCGCCAAGAAAAGUACAAAGAAGCCAACAAGGAGGCAAAGAAGGCGUUUAAAAUCAGACUUGAAAGGCUUGGAGAUCACCCGGAUACCGUGCGAAGCAUUUUUCAACUGGGAGUUAUCAAAGCAAACUUGAAGGCUUAUGAUAAAGCCUUGGACUUUUUCUUAAAAGCCUGGAAAAUGGAGAAAUUAUUAGGUUCGGGGAACCAUAGUCAAGUUUGGAGACUUAUUAUUAAAGGGGUCUUCGACAUGUAUGACCUGUCCUUAGAGAACAAAGGCCCCGAAGAAGAGAAUUUCAGGCGAGAGGCGUUGUCGUUUUGUGAGCGUUUCUGGAAAGGGGAGAAAGCGUCCUCACAUUUUAGCUUUACUGCUUACAACAAGGAGAUCAUUGAUGCUAUUUUAUAUUUACUGAGAAGAAAAACCAGUACGUUCAGAGUGAUGGGUAUGAAAGAAAGAGCUCUCAUAGUCGAGUACGAGAGAGAAGCUCUUUGGUUUUAUGAUAGCAUGCAGAAGGCUACGGAAGAUGACUUUAACAACGAAUUUGACGAGGCAACAGACAGUAAGGUGCUUAAUCGCAUGCUCAGAGACAGAAAUGAAUUAUUGGAGAAGUUAAUUGAACUUUGUAGUCGACAUAAGGAGCGUGACAAGCUUCUUAAGCAUAAAAAGGGAAAGAUGGAGCUGUUUAAGAAAGUGCUUGUCAGAUCAGACUUUGUUGGUGAAAAGAAACAGAAGAAAUCAACGCUAAAGAAAGCUGUGGAAGAGUUGUGCGAAGACGUUGGAGAGAAAGGAAGCAUCGAGGGAUUUCGAGAAAGUCUCUUGGAAACCUGGCAACAGCAGUGGGAAGAAGGAAAAGGUGCAGAGGAGACAAAAGAGUUCAUGGUGGCUAGGAAAAGAUUGAUCAAGGGAAUACUCAAGCUGAGCAAGGAACUUGGAAGGAAAGAUCUUUGUAAAAGAUAUGGAGAAGAAUUUUUGAGCUUUGGUGAAAGAUUAUGGGAAAUACGACACUCUGAAAUGGAACCCUCUGUGAUGCAGAAGUUCCUCAGUAAACUGAAAGAUCUGGCCUCUUCGAUUGGAGAGGGUGAGAGAGUGAAAGUCUACCUGGCUGCCUUACAGGUGAAAUUAUAUUAG